AGUGCGCUCUUGGCCUCAGUGCGGGGAGGGUGUGUUGCGCUGCCGGCUCCCUCCUCUAAGUCUCCACACCUGUCAUUUGAAGCUCCCCGCGCCCCGCCCCUGAGCUCACCUGUGCCGGGGAGCUCAACAGGUGUGCCGCCAGAUUGCUUGGACUGGAACGAAUGAGCAGCGGAUUAAUUAGUCAAAGAUAAUUAAGAGCCGUGACCCCGGAGCGCAGAGGUCACCACGGAGCUAUGUGGAAGCGCCACCAGAGGUCACCCCACACCACGUGACCUCCACCCACACCUGAAGGCAACGCACGCACACACGCACACACCUGUCAACCCACACAUACCUUUCCCCUUCCACAUAAUUAAAACUACUGGCCCCCCUCCCCUACACACACCUGACUUUCUCUUACACACCUGUCCGGCACAAACACACAUCUGCCUUCACUAUACAGCUUCCCUUAUACACAAACACACACAUCUGACUCCCUAUACACGCACUUAAUCUCCCCAUUCACACCUCUCACACACCUAACCUCCCCUACACACCUGCCACACACCUGCCAACAUGUCCGUGAUCUGCCGGAGCUUCGUACAGAACACCUGGCGGAGGGACCUGUGCUCAAACUGCUUCAAGAGUAAGGAGGAGCACGGGGGCGGCGGCGGCAAUGGCGGGGGCGGCGGUGGGGGCGUGGGCGGGGUCGGGAGCGGGGACACGGGGCUCGGGGAUGAGGAGGAGGACCUGCAUCGGGGCGUGGAGGGGGUGCGGGGCGGGUCCAAGCGGUAUGUAGGCGUGGCCGGUCAUGUUUAUCAACGGGGUUACUAUUCACAGUCCUCCUGGAAGGCCCUCGUGAUUGAUAAGUCGGAUCCUGCUGUGAGUACCCCCUCCUGCGGCGCCUCCCUCAUGUCCCCCUCCCUCAUACGGGGCGUGGCCUCCUCCCUGGUGAGCCAAGAGAACGAGAAGAACCUGAAACUGAGUGAUCGCGACGUCCCAGACCUGUUUAGCAGUGGGAGCCUAACCCGUCGACUUGGUUCCUCCACUGUUACCACCCCUGUCACUACGCUCUCCCCCAGCUCCCCCACCAAGCCCUCCCCGGCACUCCCCACGUCACAGAGCCAGGCCAGGAUACUCACGGAGCUCCUAGGUGAGAAGGAGGAGGCGGAGGAGCGGCGGGAGGGACGGAGGAGUGUGGAGAAGGAGGAGUUUGAAAAAGGCGACACGAGCAGUGAUUUGGGGUCUGAAGCGAGUAAUGACAGCGUGGUGUCCUCCGCUUCUUCCCCCUCCUCCACCGCCUCCACGGCCUCCUCCACCUCCUGCCGUGCGUCCUACUCCUUCCCGAACAGCGACACGGGCUCCAUCAAAAGUGACGGGAAGGAAGAAGAAGAGGAGGAGGAAGAGGAGGAAGAGGAAAGCAAGGUGGAGCAGAACACAGUCAUCUCCGCUAAAAGCAUCCUGAGAAAACCGUCCGCUCCCAAGAAAACAGGUAAAAAGGGAGGCGUGACCUUCAACCCGCAGCUACAGGAGGUGAUUGGCUACGGCGGGGACGUGGACUACGACGACGACGAGGAGGACGGGUACGAGGACGAGGACGAUGAUGACGAGGAUGACUUCCUGGAGGACAUCACCGACCUGACGCCGGAGGAACGCGUGCGACGGCGACAGACGCUCAAGAACACCGAAUUUAACUCCGACAACAACAACCUGACGAAGGGACUGCCGGAAGAGGAGAUCCUGCCCUCCGUCAAGGAACUGGAGGCCAAACGAAUGCUCAUUUUAGCGGAGAUUGAGGCGCUGGAGAGACUCGGCAGGGAGAACAAGAGGAGGACUGAUAGAGCCAAACAGGAGACCAAACAGGAGCCGCCACAACCUCAACAGCAACAAGAGGGGAAGGUCAAGUUGAAACGUUCCUCGCCAUUGGUCUCCACGAAGCCGCUGAUCGCCCGCACGUCCUCCUCGGAGCCUCGCGUCAACCAGGUCCUGCCUAUGAAAAACGGGGAAGUGGUGCGGCCCGGCGUCACCCCCCUGGAAGUCCCACUCAAGGAUGCGCCCCCGAAGUACGUGUCUCUUGAGGAGGAGAUGGUAGAGAAGGAGACCCACGCGGAGGAGCCGGUCGAGAGGAAGGCCGCCCACAAGGUCACCUCCAUCGAUGACGUGUACGCUCAGGAGGUCAAGGAAAAGGUCACGUGCCUCGAUGACCUUUGCACACCGUUGAAGGAUACCAAGGAUGUGACCCCCACCUCCCCUCACUCCUCCACAUUAUCCUAUCCUUCCACCCCUGCACGCCCCUCCAUAGGCCCCCCCGCUGUCCCUACCUCACCCCCCACCUCACCCCCCUCCCGCCCUGCCCCUCCGAGUAAGGUCACAACGAAAGGAGGUGAACAGGAGGAGAAGAGGGAGAAGGUGGAGGAGGAAGAUACAUCCUCUCUCCAAUCCUCCACUUUAAGUAAGAGAGGUGAGAGGAAAACUCCUUCUCCACCUCUCCCCUCCACCUCCCCUCCACCUCCUCCUGUACCUCCUGACGCUGCACCACCAGACACCACCUCCACCACCUCCACCCCCGCGAAGGUCAGCCCACCCAUCACCGCCCCAAGAAGAUCACUCACCAAUGGGCUCACGAAGAAGGAGACUCCACUUCGACGCUUCUCCACCCCUUCCUCCACUUCCUUCCCCUCCUCCUCCACGCAAGACAGGGGGGGCAGCAGGAUAGAACGCUCACCCUCCCCACCCCCCACCACAGCCCUCCCUGACCCCAGCAAGCGUGAGUCAGGGGGGGUGAGGGGAGAGUCAUGUCCAGGGGGUGAAGGCGAAGGUGAAUUCCAGGGCACCCCAAGGACCACUGAGGCCUCCGGGGGGGUGAGUCAGUCCCCCCCGCCCCCCAGGGAGUCCAAGGCCCCAGCAAGUCGCCAGAGCAGCACCUCAAGCGGGAUGUCAACCUUCGGCACCCCUGUCAUGCUGUCCCCACCCCCCACCUCCUCCACCCCCUCCAUGCCCAUCCAGCAGAACUCCUCCUUCCUCCACUCCUCCAGGGGGGCGUAUGAGGACCCCUACAGCUGCCCCUCCAACGUGAUCGCCCCUGCCACCCCGGACUUCCUCAGAGAAAUCAAGACCCCGCCGGAGGUGCCCACGCCCACGGCAGGUAUCCAGAAGUCGGCCCUCUAUGCCUCGACCUCCUGCCUCAAGGGGGUACCCGGGGCCAGGCCUGUCAUCACCCCCAAACCCCCAACCCUCAAGGACAAGCCCCGUGUGCCCCUAAAACCCCCUCCGGUGACCUCCAGGGGGAUAUACGCCACCCCAGUCCCAGUCACCCCAAAGGUCCCAAUCUCUGGUAUCUCAGGAGCCGUGUCCACUCCGAAUCUUGUCAGUGUGGGGGGUGGGAAGGAGGGUGGAGGAGGGGGAACGGGAGUGGAUGAGGGGAUGGGGUUAGGCCAGGCGCUACCCACCCCCACCCCCACCACCUCCACGACCCCCACAUCAACUCCACCCGGCAAGAAAGAGGUGGUGUAUGAUGUCCCUGUAACACUACCCACCACCUCCACCACCACCACAACCACCACGAGGCGAGGCAGUGAAGACAACGCCAUCUACCAGGAAAUUGAUACCACCGCCAUCUCCUCCACCACCACCACCACGACUUCCUCCUCCUCCACCUCCUCCUCCACAAGCAGCAUCUCCCGCCACGAGUCAGCGCGAAGUCAGACGAGAUCAGCGUUCGAGGCCACACGCUCCCUCCUCUCAGCGGCCUUGGACUUCACCACCAGAGGGACGCCGGGGAAGAGACCAGCACCAUCACCACCCGAGGACGAGGACGAGGACGAGGAGGAGCCAGUCAUCACCACUACCAACAACACCAACACCAAUACCAACACCAACACCAAUACCAACACCAACACCAACACCACCACCACAGCGACGACCACCCCACCUCCAUACGACCCUCAGAAGGAUAGGGAGUCAUCAGCGUCGUCCUUCACCGAUGACUUUGAUGAUGAUGACGAGGACGACUUCGGGGAGGAAAAGGGCAAGGUGGAGAGGAUGCCUUACCCCAACCACCAUCAACAGCCUCCUCCACCUUCCACCUCCUCCACCUCCCCUCCCUUCAGAAACUCCAUCGGGCCUAUUGUAACCCACGAAGUCAGAGCAGACACCCCCUCCAGGCAUCCCCUCCCCCCCCUCGGUGACCUCCUAGCCCAGCAGGUCACGCAGGGCAAGCCGGUAGCCUCGAGGUCACACUCAGUACCCAGGGUGAGCGAUCACGUGAUUCGCCGCCUGGAUGAGGUCGCUGGGUCCCCGAUGACGUCAGGAGCGCCGGCCUCUCUGAUUGGCGGAGCGGCCGUGACGUCAUCAUCAUCAUCGUCAAGCAAAUUCUUCAGUCGUUCAGGUUUCUUCCGGCCCUCCUCUCCUCCAGGGGGGAAGAGAGAGACCUCCUCCUCCUUCUCCUCCGAGCGUGGGAGAGACAGAACCUCCAAGAAGACCUCCUCCUCUUCCUCCUCCUCCUCCUCCUCCAAGCAAUUCCUGAAGAGGCUGCUUCGACUAGGAGGGAAGGAGGAGGAGAAGGCGAAGGAGGCGAAGAAGGAGGUGACGAAGAAGGGAAGGCCGACGAUCAUUCACCCCCUGGAUUAUAACGGGGAAGGGGUGGAGGUCAUCGGGCGCCCGGAGAAGACUUCCCCCAUCUACGAUUACAGCGGCAUCUACGGGUACAUCCCCCCGCCCCAGGCCCCGCCCCGCCCCCCCUCCGCCGCCGAGGACGCCCCCUACGCUGCCCCCCCUAUGCCUCGGGCGUCUCCAGUUCCCUCCUCCUCCUCCGUUUCCGCCGCCUCCUCCUCCUCCUCCCACGACCCCCCCAACUCCGCUAGAGGGGAGGGAGGAGGGAUGGGGGUGGAUCCUGCCCCCAACAACAACAACAACAACAAUAACAACAACAACAACACGUCGCUGGAGAAGAAGAGUUCGUUUGCGAGAAAGGAGUCAGCAAGCGUGGAGAGGCGCGAGUCAGCAGUCAGUCAAGGCUCUAGCAACAACAACAACAACAGCGAUAGUCAGCACCUCCUUGGCUACAAUUCUGAAGGACGCCCCCGACCCCCUCCACCCCCCCGGAAAGGAUCCCUCGAGUCCCCCCAGCCCAUCACCCCAGACGCCGACCCCCUCGCGCCCCCUCGGCUACCCCACGCCUCCCCCGACACCCCGGCGCGCCCCCAGAGGCCCCCGCCCCCCACCCGCACCCCAAGCAACGCGGGCACCCGAGCUGGCCCCCCCCGCCCCGAACCCCCCAGGCUGGCCCGGGAUUCAGUGUAUGCGAAUUUGGGUGACGUGCGCGCCCCAAUCACGCCUCGCAAGCCCGGCCGCUCCUCCAGCAUCCGGGGAGACGAGGAUAGGGAGAAGAGACGUGCCCCCCAGCCCCCCUUGGUGGUGCAGCAGGCGGCGCAGGAGGCAGCUCAGCGGGCCAACAGCAGACAGCAGAGACAGGACAUCUAUGGUAUCAAGGGGCCCGCGCCUGGCAGACCCCCCCUCCACCACCGCCCCCCCUCCUCCUUCACGAGAGCAGAACAGAACCAGGAGGAAGAGGAAGCAGAAGACUCACAAGAGGAAGAGGAAGAGGAGGAGGAAAACGAGAUGAAUAGGAGGAGAAACAGGAGGACCAACUCAGACCUUCGUUCACAGCAGGAGAACAGCAGGAGACUGAGUAAUAGCAGUGGGGGCAGCGGCAGCGGGGGGGCGGGGAGAGGCGGCCCCCUCGCGCCCCGCUCCCUGCAGGCACAAUAUGGAGCGGUGAUGUCUGCGAAUAUGGAUGCCCUGGCUAACAUUCUUGACCAGCUAUCCACCGUGGCACCCCCUCCAGGGUAUGAGGACCUCCCUGGGACGACCACCACCUGGGGCGACCUGGGGGUGGACGACAGGAUCCUGGUGGGGGCGGGGCAGCGGCUCUUCUACCUGGGGUCACUCCGGGGGCGGCAGGUGACCCUCAUGCUGACCUCUGAGGCCAAAACGGAGGCCCACCACCUGCUGACGCCACUGCCGCUGGUCGCAUUUAAAGAGGAUCACCUGCCGGCCAGACUCCUCUCCCACAGCACCAUCGUCAGGGGGAACUUCUCACCUGGGACAGUGUGGGUGCUGCCUCCACUCAAGCUCUCCACCUUGCAAGCUCGUGUCAAGGAGGAGAUGAACGAGCCGGGCGCCGGGGAGUGGGUGCGGGACGCCUGCCUCCUCCUGCUGCAGCUGGUGACGGGCCUCAAGCAGCUGCAGGCGCGGGGCGUGGAGGAGACGUCCCUGGAGCUGGCAAUAGUGGCGCAGGAUGGCAAGGACCCGCACCCCCGCCUCAUCCUCGUCCCCCCUCCCCCUGACGCCUGUGGAGGAGCCAUGUCGCUGUGCCAGUGUGCUGCAGCCGCCACCCUACUGUUGGUGGGGGCACAGCAGCCCGAGCAGCAGGCGCGGGAUGGCUGCUGCGCUGUUCCGCCCUCCGUCCCCUCCUGCCACGCCUUCGUCUGUCUCCUGCAGCUGCUACACAAGGAGCGAUCUAUCUCACUCACACAGGCCAAGCGUGUGCUGGAGGCAAUGCUCUUCGGGCCGGAGAGCUUCCUGGCGGGGGGCAUGCCAGAGGAGAGCGCUGAGGACGAAGAGACAGAGGCAACCCUGGAGCGCUGGCUGGACCUGGAGCGCGCCACCGUCCUGCAUACCCUGACCCGCGGCCCCCCACCCUCCCCCACCCUCACCAAGUUCCACCUCCUCUUCUUGGUGACCACCUCUGCCAGGGUCAUGAGGGACACGCUGAGGCUCCUGACCACAGCACACACCCCAGAAGUCACCUCCUUUUAAUGUCAUCCCAGUGUGACCUUGUUCUGGGUCACGAGGGACAUGCUGAGGCUCCUGACCACAGCACACACCCCAGAAGUCACCUCC